GACAUGAUAUUUGUUCCCAUCCACAGGGGUGUACAUUGGACCUUAGCAGUUAUUAACAACAGGGAUCGCAAGUUCUUGUAUCUCGAUUCACUAAAUGGAGUUGAUUCCAAGAUUUUGAAUGCUCUGGCGAAAUAUUUGACCGAUGAAGCUAAGGAAAAAAGUGGAAAAGACAUUGAUGUGAGUUCGUGGGACAUGGAAUUUGUUGAAGACCUUCCCCAACAACAAAAUGGGUAUGACUGUGGAAUGUUUAUGCUUAAGUACAUCGACUUCUUCAGUAGAGGGCUGGGGCUAUACUUCAGCCAGGAACAUAUGCCAUACUUCCGGCUAAGAACGGCUAAAGAGAUUCUGAGACUAUGUGCUGACUGAAGUUAGCGUGGGCUAUUAUGCAUGUCAAAUUUUAGGAGUGCUGUUUUGCUUUCCUUUGUUGAUUUGUUCAAGCUUUAAAAUUUUCUACUCCUUUUAGGCAGUGAAAGCAUCUUGUGAUCUAUUAAAACUGAAGUACAAAUUAGAAUUAACCAUUAACUUUUCUUAAUAUUUACCACUUAUGCCACUGGA